AUGGAAAUGAUUGAGGAUAUUUACGCAAAUAUGGGAGCUCUUCGAGACAAUGGCGCUGAUUCCAGUGACAUGGAUGGAUCAUAUGAGAAUAUGUAUAUUAAUGAAGGCAAUUUGGAACUUCAGAGGACCAGAAGCCCUAAGCAGUCUGAGACCUCACAGUCAGGUGGAGAAACUACAUGGAGAAUAUGUUACAGAGUGACUACAGUGUGUUUGGUGCUGCUGUGUGUUCUCCUCCUGACGGCCAUCACAGUGGUGUGGAUUAAAUACAACAACCUGAAUACAGAAUACAGCCAGUUACAGACCAGUAACAACAACCUGACUAUAGAGAGAGACCAGUUACAGACCAGUAACAACAACCUGACUAUAGAGAGAGACCAGUUACAGACCAGUAACAACAACCUGACUAUAGAGAGAGACCAGUUACAGACCAGUUACAACAACCUGACUAUAGAGAGAGACCAGUUACAGACCAGUAACAACAACCUGACUAUAGAGAGAGACCAGUUACAGACCAGUAACAACAACCUGACUAUAGAGAGAGACCAGUUACAGACCAGUAACAACAACCUGACUAUAGAGAGAGACCAGUUAAAGACCAGUAACAAAAACUUAACCACAGAAAGAGACCAGUUACAGAAGGAAAAAAAGAAAGUCCAGAAGCUUUUUAAACCAGGAUGGGUCCAUGUCAGCUCCAGUCUUUACUACAUCUCUACUGAGGAGAAGACAUGGACUGAGAGCAGACAGGACUGUAUAAAGAGAGGAGCAGACCUGGUGAUCAUAAACAGCAAAGAGGAACAGGAAUUCAUCAAAAAGCAGCUGAGCAGCAGAAAAGCUUGGAUUGGUCUGAGUGACAGAGACACAGAGGGCGAGUGGAAGUGGGUGGACGAUACAACACUGAUCACUGGGUUCUGGAUAAGUGGAGAACCCAACGGUAAAAAAACCGAAGACUGUGUUGUAACUGGUCAUAAAACUGAUCCUGUGUGGAACUGGGCUGAUUAUCCCUGUAAUGAUAAGUUUGUUUGGAUCUGUGAGAAGACAAUCUUUAACUGA